GAGAAGCUAAAUCCCUGCUUGCGAUUGGCGGAUUCAAAAGGCAUUCCCUAGAAGACAAUCCAGGAGUCGCACCGGGUGUUAGUAUUGGUGAGGAGACCUGUAUCGCCAAGCGGCAGGAGAAUGAGGCCUGGCAGCGGGAUUAGCCUGAACUUCGUGGCCGAGCAGCGGAUUCGGCAACUGGAGCAAAAACUGCGAGCUAAAGAAGAGAGAAUAAUUAUGCUGAAAACAGAAAAUGCUCUUCUCUACCUCAAGUUGGCGGAGAGUCAACAAAGAAGUGGGAAUAUCUCACCUGAACAGUCAGAUUAUUUCAAUUUUUGCAGAAAGCAAAAUUUCUAUCAAAGUGCCAAGUCCAUGGUAAUCCAGCUUUACAGAGCUAUACAGAGACUGAAACAAGAUAUGAAGAAUCUCCGUUUGUCUGCUCUUCAGUUUUCAAGAGAUAUCCAGCAUCAGGGCAAAAACUUCUUUUACCAGGUUUUGUCUGCUGUCCAGAGGCUGCAACUUCAUAAUGAAACUAUUGAAAUAUUUCAGACUAAAACCAUGGAACUUGAACAGUCUUUAUAUGAAGUCAGUGAGAGAUACCAGAAGGAAAAACAAAAGAGAAAAAUACUUCAUAACAGUUUAGUUGAAUUAAGGGGCAACAUCCGAGUGCACUGUAGGAUUCGUCCAUUGUUACCAUUUGAUUCUGCUCCUGGAGAGUCAGUCUUAGAAUACAGGCAGAGAAACAUUUCAGAAAAAGUUGUGCAUGCAGCUGAUGAUGAAACUGUCAUUGUAAAAUGUAGCCGUCCUGGUCAUGCUUUGAUAAAUAAGAUGUUCCAGUAUGAAAGAGUUUACAGUGCUGCUGAUUCACAAGUUGCAGUAUUUACAGAUGUAUCACCUCUACUAACAUCUCUGCUGGAUGGAUACAAUGUGUGCAUUAUGGCUUAUGGACAGACCGGGAGUGGAAAAACAUAUACUAUGUUGGGCCCCCAGACUGAAGAUAAUUUUGCCUUCCCCGUAGAAGAAGAAUCAGAUUUGGGUAUUAUUCCUAGAGCCACUGAAGAAGUAUUCAGGCUUCUUUCAGAAAAACCACUAGGAAGCCAUUUGGUUGAAGUUUCUGUUGUCGAAGUUUAUAACAAUGAAGUGUUUGAUCUUCUGGCGAAAGACAACUUUGGAAGGUCAAGUGGUGUCAAAAGGGGCAUCAUCACAAAUAAAGAAGGAAAGAGUGAUGUCCCUCUUCUUACCUACGAACCUGUUGAAGAUGCUGAGCAGUUCCUAGAACUAGUUAAUAAGGGACUUCAACUGAGAGUCAAGCAUCCAACACUAGUACAUGCUCACUCCUCUCGUUCUCAUCUUGUGGUAACUUUGACUUUAACUACAGUUCUUUCGGAGGAAGAUUAUGGUAUAUCUUGCUCAGGUGACCCUUCUAGUCAAAGGCAAAGUAAAGAACAUUUCUUGACAUCUUCCCACUCAGUGAGAGAUGACACAUCCUCCUUUCCUUCCAGAGCUUCUUCACCAGCCUCUUUUGUCAGUGAAUCCAUGGGAAAAUUAAAGCAAAUGAGAACAAAACUUCAACUGGUUGAUUUAGCUGGCAGUGAAUGUGCUGGUAUGUCUGGUGCGACUAGCUCAGUCCUGAGGGAGACUUCCUUCAUUAAUCGGAGCCUGUCUGCUCUAGCAGAUGUACUGGGAGCGAUAUCAGAGCAGCGUCCACAUGUGCCAUAUCGAAACAGCAAACUUACACAUUUGCUUCAGGAUUCCAUAGGGGGUGAUGCAAAGUUGCUGCUGAUGUUGUGUGUCUCCCCCAGCCAGAAGUACAUAACAGAGUCACUGCAAACCCUUGGAUUUGGGUCUCGUGCACGGCAAGUUCAGAGAGGGCAGGCCAAGAAAAGAAACCCAUUGGCGUUGAGCAAAUCCAAAUAAGACAUCAAGACUCCUGUGGAUUAAAGCAUUAUUAAUGAGUUCCUCAAACUGAAAUUGAUCUUGUUGUCAUAAAAAUGUAAACUGCCAGUUAAAAUAAACAGUCCUCGGUGAAGCCUUGGCAGGCAAUGUACUUGCUAAGCAACAUCUUGGUUCCAAGAACAAUUGCAUGCAUGAACAAAAGGCUACUAGAUAGGAUAAGCAAGGAUGUCUGCUUUUUGAUUUAGGAAGAGCAUCUGGAUAAUCAAAUUUCAAGGAACAAACCAUUUGGGAGGAGACAGAAGAAAAGCAGAACUUCUGCAAUUCAAAUGUUGGUUAGAUAAUUAACAAAAUUGAGAACAGGAGCCUACUAGGCAUUCUAUGGUACACAGCAGUGGCAUACUGCAUGUGUGAAAGGCUUAUCCUACAGAUGGCUGUGUUAUUACUUAGACCUGGUACUUAAGCAUUGGGUUUCCUUUCCCACAGCAUCAGAUUUCCUUUCCUAUUUUCCUGAAACCCAGAGAGUUGCCCAAAACCUGGUUUUGGAAUGUUUCCCAGUUAUCUAAAACAGGUUUUAUGAGUGUUCAAGGACCUUUAUGGAGAGAGAGAUUGCUCCCUUCCUUCCUUUUUAAAUUCUAUUGGCUGGAACUUAAGACAGUCCACAUAAGGACUGACCAAACAGAACGGGAUAGUGCCAUUUCUUCCUUUAGACACUAUACAUUAAUUGAUACUGCCUAGAAUUGCAUUUUUUUUUUGGUUUGCUAUCACUUAACAUUGUUGACCCUUGUUGACUCAUGAUUUUUCCCCUUUAAAGCUGAAUUUUGAUCUGGAAUUUUAUUUGAAGUGAUUCUUGGUCUAUAUAAAUUAACAUUGUCAACAAUUGGCAGCAGCUCUUCAGAGCAGAAAUCUUUCCUAGUUCUGUCUGGAAAUCCCUUGUACUCUCUGGGAGUUGUCAAUCCAAGUGCUAAUCAAGGACAAUCCCGCUGAACUUCCAAUAUCAGAUGAAAAUGGGUUCAAGACAACACAUCUGGGGCUCCAAGAUGAGGGAUAAAGACAAUUAUGGAUAUAUUUCAUUAGAAACAAACUAGUAUGGGUGGUCCUUUUCACAGAUAGCACUAUCUAGUCAGGUGACACCCACCCUACAUUUGUGCAUCUGAUUUUUCUUGCUUAAUUUUACAUUUGCCUCUACUGAGAAUCUUUUAAUUUUGGAUCCAUCUCCCCAAAUUGCUAAGGCAAGUAGGGAAUUGCACAGAAUUCUAGAUUUUGUUGGACUAACCAGCAUCAGUUAGUGGCAAGGAACGCUGGCAACAACUGAAAAAUCCUAUUCCUAUGUUAAAAUUAUUUUGAAUCCCAAUUUUGUCUUCUCAGAUAUUAGCUAACCUUCCCAGUUGAUGUCAUCUUCAAAUGUCUUUAUCCAACGUCAUGCAUUUUAAUGUUGAACAAUCCAAUUUUAUUUUAUGUAUUUAAUAAUGAUAAUAUUAAUAACUUUAUUUUUAUAUCCCACCUUCAUCUCCCCAAAGGGACUUGAGGCAGCUUACAUGAGGACAAGCCCGAUCCAACAGCGAUUAAAACCAAACAUAGAUCAAAACAUAUCUCAAUAAAAGUAAACAACAUUAUAACAAGCUAGCAACAUAAAAAUAGCAUCUAUUUAUUUACUUAUCUUUCAAAAUAACAUGUAUUUAUUUACUUAUCUUUCGAUCAAAUAUGAGUGAUAUAUACAUCAGAUUACAAUAAAACAGUAUGAGAGGAUAAAAACAGAUUAAAAAACAAAAUAGAAAGACCAAAGUUAAGAACAUCUGACUAAAAUGAUAAAAUCUAGGUAAAAGAUACCAUGGAAAAAGAUACCACUUUGAAGAGAGAAUCUUUGUAAGUAAUUUGCCAUUUAUGAAAUGGCAGUCGAAUAUGGAAAAAGAGGUACAUUUUAAAAAUCUUGAACCAGGUAGCUAGCUUUGUAAUCAAUCUCUGUUAUUAAACCCUGUAAUCAAUCCUAUUAACAAGUCACAAUGAACAAAAGCAAAACUUGAUUUCUGCAAAAACAUGCAGAAGAUUGAGUUGCCUGAUGUGCUUAAAGUCCAUGAACAGUUCCUGUUCUGGUAUUAUGUCGGAUUUCUAGAGGUCAGAAACCAAGUUUUGAAUGCAGAAACUUCUGGACCUCCCGUGAGUAACUAUAGUAGAAUUUCUAAUGCAAAACUUGGAAUGUACUCUGUAUCUGUUUGUUAUAGGCACUUUUAUUUGCAUAGUUUAUAUAUUUUUUAAAAUUCAUUUUGGUGGAAUUUUGAACUGAGCUUUUUCUUUUACGGAAGAACAUAUAUGUACAAACAGCUUACCAUUGAUGUUUCUUCCCAAGUAGUGGUGAUUUCUUUCUUCUACAUGUCCAAGGCACUAGAAGGAAGGACAAAGACAGCUUUACACAUUUUAUUAAUAACAGUUAUACCAGUAAAUAAAUAAAAUUUUAAUUUUACCAAAGCAAACUAGGAUAUGAAUGGAUUUGUCAAAAGAUAACAUCCUGGGUUUUUAGAUUGAAAAUGAUAGUACUAGAAAAUAUGUUGGAGCUGGAUUGGGAAAAGGAUAAUAGCUAGACAGAAAACAAAGAAACAUAAUGUGUAUUUGUGUAGUUUUUAAAUAGUCAAACUGAACAUUUUUUUUACUUCCUCCUUCCUUCUCUUAUUACAUUUCUCCUCCACCUCAUCCUCACUCUGCUACUUAUGAUAUUGCAAUAAUGAUUAUGAUAUGAAGCAAGAUUAGAGGAGGUAUACAUUUAGACGUUAUUUUAAGAUUAUAAGAGAUGUCAUACAUUUUGGUGGUGUUAGAUGUCAGUGGCAUCCUAGAUUUAUUACUUCAAAUCUGAUCCUUCCGAAGUUUUCAAAGACACCUAAACUGGAAAUAUACAUGAAUCUCAGAUGCACUUGAAUGGGGUAGUGCAUUCUCUUAACUCUGAAUAAAUAGUUCUAAAUGCCCAUGUCAUUCAGGCAUUGCCAAAAUAUAUGUUUGUGCCUCUUUCAAAACUAAAAUAAAGCAGUUGUGUAAAUAGAAUCCUUCAUGUUUUCCGUCUGCAGUAGACAGAAGGAAAUAAACACAUACAUUGAUAUAUUUAGCAAAGCAAAAAAUGACAAUUAAAAGUUUAUCCUUCAAAGAGGGGAGCAUCUCGCUUAGAGUUUCUGCAUACCAAGAUCUAAAGUAGUUAUUUUCAUUUGGCUCACAAAGUAACCUGGCUGUAAUUUGCUUCUAUCCAAUUUUCUUUUAUCCGAUUUCCUUAAUCCAAUUUAAAGAUAUAAUAGUGUCUUAGAUAAAGGAAAUGAUAUGCAACUUGUGAAAAAUAGUUACAUACACAUUUCCUUCAUGUACAGAAUUUUGACCUUUAUCAAUAAAAAAAGAAAAAGUA